AUGAAGAAUGGAGGCAAUUCAAUUGGUGUUGCGUCUGCAAUUUACGAAGAAUGCUCCUUUCUAUGUCAAGGUUUUGUGAAUGUCAAAUUCGAUCAUUGUCCUAGGGAAGCCAAUCAAAUUGCGCAUAUUUUAGCUUGUAAUUCUAAUGUUUCUCUUACUAACAGGCGGCAGCUAGCAGGAAUCUUCCCUUUUUUAUCUUAA